AUGAUUUCACUAGCCUUCACAGCAUCUCAAAGCACGACAGAUUUUCCUACCUCCUCCUCGAACAAGUACGAUAAACCCCCAAUUGUCGCAAUCGUUGGGGUAGGAUAUGUUGGAGAACAUCUUAUGGAAGCCUUCUCUUCCGCUUUCCAAAUCAUUGGCUACGAUGUAUCGGCUUCACGUAUAGAGAUGCUACGUUUGAAGCACUCUCGAAAACGACAUGUCAAGUUCUCAAACGACGAGAAAGACUUGGAAAACGCGUCACAUUUUCUCGUCUGCGUACCGACUACGGUGGGAUUGGACGGCAAAGUUGAUUCCUCGCAUGUUCGCAGCGCAAUAGCAGUGCUCCGAAACUACGUGAACGAUGAAUCCAUAGUGGUAAUCGAGAGUACGGUUGCGGUCGGGAUGACAAGGCAGCUCCUUGGCCCGCUAGCUGCAUCGUGCGGUAUCCUGGCUGGGAUGUCUCCAGAGAGAGUUGACCCCGGCCGCGUUGAACCUCCACCUAGAUCUAUACCCAAAGUCGUUUCUGGACUCGAUGACAUCGUCCCAGGCUCCUUGGAUGCUAUCAAACUAUUGUACGAGAGGGUGUUCGAUACUGUUAUACCGGUCAGCAAACCCGAGGUGGCAGAGAUGUCAAAGCUGUACGAGAACUGCCAGAGGACGAUAGCCAUUGCUUACGCAAACGAGAUGGCAGACGCCUGCCAAGGAUUAGGAAUCGAUCCUUUCGAAGUAGCACACACAGCCGCCAGCAAACCUUUCGGAUAUCUGCCUAUGUACCCCUCACUAGGCAUUGGAGGUCAUUGUAUUCCCGUCAACCCGGUAUACUUCAUGUCAACUUGCAAUUUGCCACUUCUCCAGCAAGCCCACGAACGAACAAUGUCGCGUCCUUCACGCAUCGCCAGUCAGCUUCUCACAUCACUACUAGAAGAAACCCAUCGAAAGCAUGGUGCAACACACCGACCAAAUCUCCUCGUGGUCGGAGUCGGAUUUAAGCCUGGCCAAUCGGAUCUAUCCAAUUCGCCCGGCUUGCAAUUACUCAACUACAUGCGCCAGUCUGGCGAAGUGGACCUCAUGUUUUGCGAUCCCUUGGUAGAUCAAGGGGCUAUACCUGAGGUACCAAGACUAGAACAAAGCCUGUGGAAGACGGACGUUUUGAAGACAUUUGACGCGAUUGUGGUAGCUGCGAAACAACCCGGCCUUGACUAUAGAAUUCUAGAUACUCUGUUAGAUGUGCGGGUUGAUGUCUGGAACCGAUAA